AUGUCCUUCUUCGUUAGAGCACCUGCUCUCCUUUUCGGCAUAAAUUCUGCCCGUUUCAACUCCAGUUUUGACCAGUUGAACGCCGCUGUCAAACAGUCCAACAAAAAGGGAAGCCAGGAGAACGCCAGCACCGUGAGUGACAUCAACGACUUGUUGAACAGCUCGUUAGAACUCCCAGAGACUUCGUACUUGGGCAAGAAGAACAACGAGUACGGACUCGGAAACAUGGUCCCCAACCCAAGAGACGUAGCCAAGAGCAUCCGUCAAAACGGCCCAAUCGCUGGAAGAACCGUGGACGUCCACUACAACAGUAUUGGCAAAGCUCUCUACAGCUUGAACGGCAUAAACAUCAACAACAAGAUCAGAUAUUUGCAGAACAUCCAGAGUAGGCACAUCCGUCCUGCCAAGUACACCAAGCAGAAGAGAAGAGAAUGGUGGAGACGUAAGUUCAGCGAUGGUUUCAAGGAAUUGAUGGGCCAGGUCCAAGACGCCAGAAGAAGGGGUUACUAGACGGGAGUUGUGUGGAGCUAGAGCGACUCUGGGGAAGAGCACAUUAUUUUAAUAUUUCGGCACUAUGACAGCUGGAUGAGUCGUGUGGCGGGCCUGCCUAAUCAGCAGUGACUGACACAGGUCUGUGGUUCUUGUAUAUAUAGACUAAUAAAAGGUCAAGUGAGAAAAUAAGAAAU